GUUGAGACGCUGGAGACUUUCCCUGCAGCGCAGUGGCAGUCAGGACUGAUAGCAGACUAGGUAGGAUGGACGUGGGGGACCGUCUUCUGGUGUUGCUGCUGGUAGUCUGUAGUCUAGUAGAACUGUGCCUCACCACACAACCCAGAGUGCUCACCAGUCAACCUGAAUGGCUCAAGAAACCAUGUCGACGAAAAGAUCCAAACUUAAACCAAUGUUUGAAGGACCUGUUCCAGGGCAUGUUCCCUUACAUGGCAAAAGGUAUCCCAGAAGUAGGGAUCCCCAGGUUUGAGCCCCUCUACAUCGAGAAGAUAUUUAUCAGCAAAGGCCACGGUGCGGUCACACUCGCUGGUAACUUCGACAAACUCCACGCUCACGGUCCCAGCAACUCCACCACUAGGGCGGUCAGAUUGGACGUUGACAAAGGACGGUUGGACAUCAGCCUACACAUCCCGGUGAUCCGCACAGAGUCAAAGUACGACCUUAGAGGAAACAUUCUGCUGCUGCCCAUAGUAGGGGUGGGGGACGCAAGACUGCUGCUUAGGAACGUGACAACUGAUGUAUACAUGAAGGUGGUGUUCCCCAAGCUUCCAACAGGGCAGGAGGUGAUGGCCGUAACUGAUAUGAAGGUGGACUUCAGAAUGUCCAACGUGAGAGUCCAUCUGGACAACCUCUUCAACGGAAACAAAGUUCUCGGACACACGGUCAACAAUUUCCUCAACAAGAACGCUAUGGAGGUGGUAGACGAACUCAAGGACAACGUCGGAGACGCUCUGACGGAAGUCUUCAAGAAGAUUAUGAACGAUGCCUUUGGCCGAAUCCCCACAAAGUUUUGGCUUCCAGAGGACGACGAUGUCAGUGAAUAGUUGCCUACCCUUCCUGUACAUACCCCUAAACAUUUAAGUGUUAAAUAUAUUUUUUGUUUUUU